AUGGACCAAGAGGAGGCUCCACCACCCCCGUACUCGGCCGUCGACCCAUUACUCGCACCAACGAAUAGCCGGAAUAACAACUCUUCUCAGACUCCAAUCCCUUCCGGGGUGAGUGUCUCUCCGCCGCAAGAUGCCAGUAGUUCUUGUGUUCCAACGCCGCCGACAGUCGUGCCGACACAUUUCAGAUCCGCCGCUGCGUACUUUGAGGAGCGGCUUCCGUCGGACCUAGACGAGAGCCGGGGUUUACUACAGCAUCAUAUGACAAUCUACCCCCGGAGCCAAGCCAAGGAUUUCCCAAGACGACCGCGGUGUUGGGCCUCGCGCUUAGAUGAGAUUACCCAGCAGGAUUGGGAUACCUUCCUAAAGUAUCUAUUUCCGCCGCAAUUGGGACUCGCUGCUUCCUCUCAACAUCUCCCACGCCAAUUACGAGCGGAAAUCAGACGAGACCGCAAGGAUCGCCCACAGGAGACCGAUGAGCAACGGAAGGCUCGAAUCGCCGCCGUCGUCACCGAAUGGAACGAAUGUUUUUUUGAGCUCCGCGCUACUCAGAUUGUCUUUGUCUACGUGGGCGAACCUGAUUCUGCGCCUUCGUCCGCUUUAUGUCCCCGAUGCUAUCCAGCGGCAACGGGUUCAAUAGAAGGCCAGCCAAUUCGAAAUUCAAAUGCGCCGUCGCCUGUCCCUGGGCAGCACGCUCCUUCCCCGAACCCCUGGUCGGUGCCACCUAUGUUCCACAAUCCCCAAGUACAUGUGCCCCCAUCUCCAUACGGUGUAUAUGGCGUUCCUCCAUACCCUCCCCCCAUAUCUCCUAACCAGCCACCUCAAUACUACCCUCAUCCUCCACAAGGCACAUGGCAAUGGAGCAACUGGAACUAUCCGCAGCCACAACCGCAGUAUCCCAAUAACGGCACUCAGAAGAGUGGAUCCCUUGGGUGGAUUUCACAAAUCGCAUCACAAGCGCAGAAAUAUGGAGAGCGUUUUAGCGAACAGGCAAUACAAUACGGAGACCAAAUCAGUGCACAGGCACAGCAUUAUGGACGGCAGGUCGAGGAGCAGGCCCUUGCACAUGGCCGCUGGAUCGAAGAACAGGCAAGGCUUCAUGGCCGGAAAGCACCAAUGGCUGGAUCUCAAUACGGUGGUGGCUACUACCCCCGGCCGGCCUGGGAUAACUCGCCACGUCCCACAGCCAGCACCCCAAUGACACCCACUCAAAGGCCCAGCCCCGUGACAAGUCCUAAUACGACGGGUCGGCCCGAGUCAAUCAACCAGGGCGAUAGCAACAAACCUAAGUCCCCAACAGAACAGCUUCUGAUAGAGCCUCCUACGGUGGAACGCACCAGACGAGCAUCAGUGAGCUCGGUAUCAUCCGAGUCCUCCUUCAGCUCAAUUGACUCCAUCUCGACAACAUCAGACCUAGACGUUACAGACCUUGCAACAGUGCGCACUCAGUUGGAACUUCUAGACGAUCGUCAUGAUCGGGUAUUAUACAAUGCCGCCGUCGAUCUCCGUCGGCAACUCUCUGUUCUGCAAGAGUCCCGUCGAGAAGCCAAGUUCUCCGGUAAAAAUAACUGGCGAGCCGGUUUCAACCAAAACCAACAAAGCAGUCAACAAUCUGGCGACGCCGACUGGGGUCGCUGGGACUCACCCCAGCAGCAGCAACGCAACUCAGUUGACAGACGUGCCAUGAAAGACGAAAUGCGCGCCACUAAGAAAGCGUUCCGGGACACACUGCGUCGAGCACGAGACGAGCAGCGCGAACGUCGACGCGCUCGACGCCGCCAGGUCCGCCAGGCUCGCGCCAAUGACGGCGAUAAGGCCAAACACGUGCAUGACCAGCCGCUAGACCAACAGCUUGGGACGUUGCGACUGGAAGAUUCCCGGCAGCCUAACCCGCCUUUGCCUGCACGUCCGGUCAGCACACAAACACAGCCUAGUCCGGUUUCUACACCGAAUGGCUCGAAUGUCGGCUUUGGAUUUGCUUCCAAUCCGCCUUCCCCUUCUGUCUCACGGCGGAGUACGCAGGACUCCAUACUUACAGGGGGCACAUCCGCCUCUGUGAAGCAAGGGAAGCCGGCUGAUACGUCGAGUCGGCUAAAGGACAUGCUGUUGUCGCGCAAGUCGAGGAAGCAACAGUCGAAAGAGGAUGAUGCAGGAAGUAAAUGA